AUGAACCUCAGCAGUCGACAUGAGUAUUCCUUCUUUGUGAGAGGCUGGUACGAUGGGACGACGUACAGUGUAUUCAGGUCAGACGGGGUCAUGGUGGACAAAGCUCCUCCCAAGGCAACCGACAAACAGGCUCUCGAGGUUAUUGAGGUGAGGGGUGACGAUGGAGUGAAGGAUGUAGACUAUAUGUGUAUGAUGCAGGUUAUUGAGGUUAUUGAGGUGAGGGGUGACGAUGGAGUGAAGGAUGUAGACUUCCAGAAGGAGACGGACACAAUGAAGAUCAGCUGGACCAACAAGUUCCUGCCGGGCGCCGCUGGUAUUCUCAAGUACCGAGUCUACAUCAGCACAAGCCCCGGGGCAAGGAAACUGAGUUUACAGGCAGCCACAGUGUACUUCUCCAGUGUCGUGGCCUACAGCAAGGCUGGCCUGGUCAGCUGGGCCUACUCUGAUAGUGUCCGAGUGGACGUGCUGCCUCCAGAAGCGGGCACAGUCAGUGAUGGACAAGAGAUGCACGACGCGGACUACCAGAGUUCUCCAUCCGCUGUAUCGGCUUCCUGGCACGGCUUCUCCGACACGGACUCCACCAUCAUCACAUACUUCUGGUGUGUGGGAAGACUCAACGACACAACCGACUGCAGUGUGCUAGGCUGGCGGGAGACCGGGCUUCACACCACCUCCAAGGCACAACUUGCUUCACCCCUCAAGAGUGGUACACGUUUAUGGAGCAAGGUGUAUGCUGUAGAUGCAGUGGGUCACGCCUCAGACGUAGCUGUAUCAGAUGGUGUUGUCGUGGACACGUCUCCCCCAGAACCACAGGCCGUUGCAUACUUGGGAGACAACCUGGUGAAAAAUCCCUCGUUUGAGAUACAACAUGAACUUGAGAAUUCAUCGACAUGUAAUGGCCGUCUUCCCGAGUACUGGCAGACUGACAACUAUUCGUGUAUACACAUCAUUACAUCCGAGCGUCAAUUAGCCAGACAUGGUAGCAGCUAUGUUGUAGUCAGCGGAUCUGUCCACCAGGCAGAUAUACAUCUCAGUGUGGGACAAAUGUACAAAGUGAAGAUUCAUGCAGGAUAUACAGAGGUCACGGACACACAUCAUAGCGCUAUAGAAGGCUUCGUGUCAGUUGGCGCUGAAGUCAUCACGUUCAGUCUUGAGCCCAAUCUGUGCCGAGGGGUGUGUGAUGUGGGUAGACAUUCUGUUACCAUGUGGAAUACACACACAUUUUCCUUCAUAGCUCGGGAGGCAUCAGCACAACUUACUAUUGGCACAAAGUCAAGAUCCAUGGUGAUGGCUGUUGAUCACGUGACAAUGCAGAGCGUCACCUAUAGUGGACAUGACGAGACUGUGGACACAGAGAAGCACGUGGAGGUGAACGUCGUGUUCCUGCCUCACUGGUCGUCUCUGCAUGUGUCCUGGCACUUCACGGACAGCGAGUCCCCCAUCACCAUGUACCAGUGGGCAGUAGGUGAGUCCCCCAUCACCAUGUUCCAGUGGGCAGUAGGGCUUGUGGAAGGCGGUACACAGUUACAAGGCUUCACGAACGUUGGUAGCAACCCUCAAGGAACACUUUCUGCCAAGAAACUAACUCACAACUCCAGACUGUAUGUGUCGGUACUCGCCACUAACGCUGCCGGCCUGACAUCACUGACCAGAGCAGACCCCCUGACGGUGGACAUGACACCACCAACUAUACAAGAAGUCAACGAUGGUUCAGGUGUGGAUACAGAUUUCCUAUCACCAGGGGACAUGGCAGCCAACUGGGCUGUGGAAGAUGAAGAGUCAGAUUCCGUCAGCUGUGACGUCGCUAUAGGACACACCCCAGGAGAUGACGAUGUCCGUCGGUUUGCUAGAACUAUCCAUGGAGUACGAUAUAUCAGGUGGAAUCUGACUGAUCUGGUCAUCUCAUCCAGUGUGAAGGUGUACACGACAGUUCGUUGCUAUAACAGGGUCGGGCAGGUCUCCGAGUCUUCAUCUAAUGGCGUGGUUCUCGUGUCCGGUGAGGACAUGGCAUCUGUUGCUGGCUUCAAGGUCCUGGAGGAGAGCCCGUCUGUGUUCUCAGACAGAGACCAGUGUCACGUAGCCCGAGACACUGUGAGACUUCAGUGGGAGGGAGGAGAAACCGAGACUCCUCACACCACCCUGGUUCGCAUCCAGGGUAGCAGUUUGCUGUACCAGCAGAGCGUCCCCAGUAUAUUCACAUACACAUCUGCCCAGCUGUGUGGCCUGAAGCUCAGCGACCUGACAACCUACAACAUCAGCGCCAUGCAUGUGCUGGACAAGGCUGGGAACCCGACAGAAACAUCCAUCACCAUGCAUGGACCUCAACCAAGUCUGAACAAAGCAGCGAUGAUUUCGUCCAGGACGUCCGACAGGGUGACAACUCUGUCCUGGCCGGGCCUGUUCACCUCCUCCUGGGACCAGCUGGCGUAUGAGGUGAUGGUGGGUAGGGUGGAGGGUGGGGCAGAUAUAGUGGACGGGCUGCUGACCCGUCAGGAAGAGAUGGUCCUCAACCUGUCUUCGCACCCUCAAACUGUCACUGACGUUUAUGUCUCCAUAACAGCCAUUGAUGCGUGUGGAUACACUGCUUACUACUCACAGGCUGUUGAUGUGGGCUCGUGAUUCCAGUUGAUACGGAAAAGUGUAAAUCGUGAAUAAAUACUUCGUCAUUAGUCACAUUUA